AUGGCCAGCACAUAUGAUUAUGCAUUACUGGAUUUUACGGCAACUCUGUGAGUCAUAAUUUUUUCUCUAAAAUAUUUUGGAAGAUUACUUAUUAUUUUUAGAUCGAGAGUUGAGAUGAAUUUUUCGGAGAAUCUUCAAUCAAUAAUUGAUACAUUCGCUAAUUCAAGGUAAAUAAUACACAAAUCGUAGAAAAGUGCAAAUCGGACAAAAAACUUUUUAUUUUUUUUGGUCAUUUAUCAAAAUUAUUAUUGGAUUUUUUUGAAGAACAUAGAGAAUACACAGAAAACCGGUUCAAAAUGAUGAGGACAUUUUUUUGUUUUUGAGAAAAAAAAAAGAUGUAGUACAAGCAAGUAGUCUAGUAUACAAACUUUGGCAAACUUUUUGAAUACAGUAUACGCAUGUUCCGGGAAGUUAUUAUUAUGUUUUUAGAAUGUUGACAGAAUUUGAGAAAAAAACACAUAAAUUGUGAAUUUAAAGAUAUUUUCAUAUGAAUCAUUUUCCGGAAAACCUGAAAAAAAUUGAAGAAAUAUUUGGCACACAAUUUUCGAUCUCACGAAAUUCCAGACUUGAUCUUCCGCUCAAACGAAUUUCCGAAAUCGCAAAAGUCCAUAGUCGCGCGGCAAGAAAUCUUCGAAAAUUGGAUUCCAAGAAAAAUGAACAUAUUAAUCUGUGGAAAGUUUGCAAUAUUUAUUCGGCUCUUUCUGUUGAUUUGGAUAAGGUAGAGUUCAGAAAAAAAAGUACAGUAUAAAAUUCUGAUUAUUUCAGGCGAUGAGAGAAACAAGACAACAUUUGAGAGCAAGAAUGUCAUUAGAUGGAGCUCCAAUUGAAAAACCAAAAAAACGAACGAUUUUUGAAAAUUUUCUUGGUGGAAAAAUAAUUGAUUCGAGUUUUGGAACUACUGGUUCAACAAAUACUAAUACAAGUUCGAAUAUAAGUUCUAAUCAAAAUGAAGAAAAACAUUCAAAAGUUUGGUUGAGAAGGUUUACAAGAGGAGAUGAAAAAAGAACUGCUUUCAGGUAAGAUUUUGAAAAAAUUAGAAUUUGAUGACACAGCUACCGGUACCGAGAUCUACAGUAAUCUGCUACACAUUUUGGAGUAGCCGCGUGUUUAAAAUUAAUAGUCUAAAACCACGCUGCUCAAGAGAAAUUUAAUCAAAAUUUAAUUUAAAAAACAUUUUCAGUGCUCGUCGAAAAGAAACAACAGCUUCAAUUGAUUCGGAAAAAUUUGAUGAAAUCGAUGAAAUAACAACUCCAAAAUCAACUCCUCAAACACCAGCUUCAAUUCGAGAUAAAGCAAAUCCAAGUCUAAAAUCAAGUCUAUCAUUAUCUUCGGAUGUUUGUCCACCAUCUCGUCGACCACCUCCACCACCAAAUCAAAAAUCAUUCAUUGAGGAACAUUCAUUGAGACAUUUGGAUGAUUCAGAUUCAAAUGAAAAAAGAGAAGUUAUUCGAAUUCAAAAAGAUGUUGAAGUGAAGAAAGAAAUCCAGAAAAAUGGUGAGUUAGGAAGGAAAAAGAAGGAAGAGAUUGUAUGCAAAGUUUGAAUUUUUUGGGUCGAAAAAUCUCCAAAAAAUUUAUUUCAGAAACAUGUGUGAAACUGUAUAGUUCGGAAUACGUGAAUAUAAAACCGCCCUUGGCUCAAAAACCCUCAAAACUCUACGAAACUUCUCCACAAAUAGUUCGUCUUCGCGAAUCAUCAGAUUCAUCGUCAUUUUCACCAACUGUGAUAACUGUUGAUUGUUCGCCAUCUCCAACACCAUCACCAAGAACCUAUUUCCAAACUGUGAGUUUUACUCGCAAGAGAUUACUGUAUAUCAAAUGUGAUUUUUUUGAAGAUCGAACCUCCAAGUUCUCAAAGAUCAAGUUCUUCUGCAUAUUCAUCCAAUUAUUCAACAACUUCUUCAUCAAAUAUAACCAAUUUCCAAAUUGAUUCCAGGUAACAAUUUCAAUUUUUCGAAUAUAAAAAUUCCAACCGAUUUAAUUUAAGACCACAAUCACAAAUCGAACAUGCUCGAAUGAUAAGAAUUGAAUCACGAGAAGAUAUCCAAAAUCGUUUUUAG